AUGGUGGAUGAUGAGAAGGGUAAGAGACUUGGUUUUGGUUUAGAGGGUCUAACUUUGAAUGGCCUUUGUUCAGGUUUCCCAGAUCCCAAACUAUUGUCACAACUUCAUUUGCAAUCUGAACCUCAAGCAGCCCAUAUUGUCAAAGCUACCAAGAGUAACAAAUUUUCUGUGGAUGAAGGUCUCGAUGAUGAUAAAAGAUGGGAGUAA